CGCGUUAGGUGAAUUUCCUGGAGCAAGCCGAAAAUGAGUAACGAUUUCGAUAUUUGCGAGCAGAUUAAUCGCGUCACUGGCGGCCGCUCUGACACCUGGAAUUUCAUUCGUAGUUUCGCGUCUCACUGGAUAACUCCGAUACAGGAGGGCGACGGAUACAACGAAACCGAACUCCUAUCCGCUGAGCAGCGACUGGGUAUUCCACUCCCAGCAGCAUUAAAAGAAUCUUAUACCCUGUUCGGCCGCCGCUCAGACCUUACUCGCAACCAAGAAUACCUCCUGGAGCCAACAGCACUCUACGUUCACCAUGGGGCCUUAAUAUUCCGACACGAGAACCAAGGCGCCGCAAUCUGGGGAAUCCUAUUAUCAGACAUCCAGCUCCCCGAUCCUCCUGUAUAUAAUUGUUUCUGUAUAGUUGACAACGUAAUGGACGAGUGGCAGCCAUGGCUUGGGCGAUUCUCUCUGGCAUGCGUUGAUCUGAUCCUGUGGGAGUCGCUGUACGACUCGAGGAUGCCCACCGAGUUUCGCGAUAUCGAUGACGAUGAUUUUGAAUUGGUUGAGCAACUUUACACAGAACUACCUAGUUCAAAUGGCCCCGACAGCUAUACUCCUGUCGACAUCCGUUGGUUCACAGCUGCUGAUAUCCUUCUUUGCUACACGGGAACCGACCUCGCUGUCCGGGCCCGUACCAGCGAGGCAAUAUCUUCUAUUCGCGAGAAGAUCCCUGGGGAUUGGUUGAAUGAAUAAGGGGAAGCUAGCUUUGCCGAUAUAUUGAUAGGGCUAACGGGCUGUGGAGGUGGACAUUUUCGACACUUUGAACCUGUAUCGCUCAGAAUAGAUGCUUCCCUCAAUAUUCUUAGCUAACUUCGAAUGCUAUCAGAAUGAAGUAUAAAUACAGUAUACCUGC